AGAAAAAAAAAUCAAAUUUUCUUUUGCAGUUUGUUUGUCAAUUAAGUGACAGAUCGGGGACACAGGAAUUUAGUUUCAAAGAGGGAAAAGUCGGUGCAAGAUUCGAUUUUGUGAAAUUUCUUCGCUCUGGGUACAAGUUAAAGGUUGAAGAAAAGGACGUCGAUCACAAUUAAUGGAGAAAUCGAGUAACAGUGAUGGGGAAGAGAUCAGAAAUCAGACAAUACCUUCAACUUAUUCAACAUCAUCAUCCGAUGAUUAUCGUUUGUUUAGUCGUCAAGGUUCUAUUCACCAGUCUCUGGGUGGUGGUAAAGCGGCUGAUAUACUCUUGUGGAAGCAGUGGAGUGUUUCCCUUGGUGUCAUUGUUGUUGCUACCGUUGUCUGGCUCAUCUUUGAGCGGUCUGGAUUACCAUUCUUAUCUGUUUGUUCAGAUGUUUUGCUGAUCUUAAUUGUAGUGUUGUUUGUCCGUUCCAACUAUGCUGCUUACAGAGAUAGACAACCACAAACAUUACCAGAACUUGAAUUGUCAGAGGAAAUGGUUAACAAUGCUGCAGUGUCAUUUCGUGUUAAAAUCAAUAAUGUGCUUCUUAUGGCUCAUGAAAUAACUCUUGGCAAAGAUUUUCGGCUUUUUUUCAAGGUGGUGACUUGUCUGUGGCUCUUGUCUGCCAUUGGUAGCUAUUGCUCUUUCUUCACACUUGCCUAUAUCGGAACCAUCCUAUCGGUUACACUUCCGGUCUUCUACAGUAAAUAUGAAGAGCAUAUGAACAAAUACUUUAGAAUGAUCCACCGGAAGUUUUCCCAGCAGUAUAAGAUCGUAGAUGAUAGUGUGACAAACCGAAUCCACCGGAGUUUAUCAAAAGAUAAAGACACCUAAUUCUCACAGUUUACAUGAUGCAUAGUAGCUGUUAUCUUGUUUCAACCUUGAAUGAAAGAAGAUUCUUGUUACCUGUUAUGUUAGCUGCAUGUUUCACAGUCAAUCGAGUUGCAGCAUCUGCUAAAUGCUUCUUCCACAUUAGAGUGGGAAGAAAAAAAGGUUAGGAGAUUUCUGUAGCCGUGCCCAUUCCGGGACACAUUUUGUGUUUUCGAAUCUUGAUUAGAAGUUCAUAAUUUUCAAUGG